AACAAAAUGGCGUAUACAGUGUCAAAAAGACCGCGAAGUAUUACUGCUUUCAGUCUCUCAUCCAGACGGAUUGUUCUUCUGGGAAAAACUGGUGUUGGGAAAAGUGCAGCUGGAAACACAAUACUGGGCCAAAAAGAGUUCAGAUCUGAACUUAAUACAAUUUCAAUAACCAGUGAAUGUUCAAAUGCUCACGCCACUGUUUCAGGAAGAUCUGUGUCUGUAGUUGAUACUCCUGGAUUAUUUGACACACAGAUAAGUCAUGAAGAGAUAAUGACAAAGAUAGCCAGAAGUGUUUAUAUAUGCAGUCCUGGACCACACGCUUUUAUCAUUGUGUUUCCUGUGAAUAUGAGAUUCACUGAACAGGAGCAGGUGAUUCCUCAGAUGAUUAAGAAGAUGUUUGGUCAGGAGGUGUUAAAAUACUCCAUCAUUCUCUUCACUCAUGGAGAUCUGCUAGAUGGAAAGUCUGGAAAGGAGCUCAUUGAGGAGAAUGUAGCUUUAAUACAUCUAGUUGAUCAGUGUGGAAGCAGAUAUCACAUCUUCAACAAUAGAGAUUACAGAAACAUAGAGCAGGUGAAUGAUCUACUGGAGAAGAUUGACACAAUGAUAGAGCAGAAUGGAGGAGGACACUAUAGUAAUCAGAUGUACGAAGAAGCUCAGAGAUUCAGACGAGAGGAAGAAGAGCAGAGACAGAAAAAAGAAGAGGAGAGAAAACAACAAGAGGAGAAACAAAGACAAGAGGAGAUUGAGAGAGUGAAGAAAGAGACAGAGGAGAGAGUCAGAGCAGCGAUAGAAGCUCAAAUGAGGUCUAAAAUGGAAAGAAUUAAAGUGAUGAUGCAGAGAGAUGAAGAGAGAAAAUUACAAGAAGAGAAACAAAGAAAAGAGACUGAGAGAGAAGAACCAAAGGAAAGCGCCAAACCAGACAGUGAAAGUUCCCGAUGCACAAUACUUUAAAAUGUCACAAAUUUCAUAUUUCUUUGGGAAAAUAAAGAACAGAAUAUAAUACA